AGGAUGGAACAUGAGGCUUCCCAGCUAGAAAAGAAACAUGUGCAUAACGUCUAUGAAAGCACAGCUGCCUAUUUCAAUGAUCUGCAGGGCAAAGCGUGGCCUCGCGUCCGACAGUUUCUUCUAGAGCAAAAGCCAGGCAGCCUCAUUGCUGAUAUAGGUAGGUCUAUGUUUGUGUGCAUGUGUGCAUGUAUGUGUAUACUGAUAGACAGACAGCAUGAAGAAUCCUUAUAACUUUAAGAAGAUACGAGGAGAUGAUUUUACAUCCUGUUAUGUACACAUUACUACUAAGUUUGGAUUUGCCAUACAGUGGUACCUCGGGUUACAUACGCUUCAGGUUACAUACGCUUCAGGUUACAGACUCCGCUAACCCAGAAAUAGUACCUCAGGUUAAAAACUUUGCUUCAGGAUGAGAACAGAAAUUGUUCUCUGGCGGCACGGCAGCAGCAGCAGCGGGAGGCCCCAUUAGCUAAAGUGGUGCUUCAGGUUAAGAACAGUUUCAGGUUAAGAACGGACCUCCGGAACAAAUUAAGUACUUAACCCGAGGUACCACUGUAUAUCUACAGUGGUGCCUCGCAAGACGAAAUUAAUCCGUUCCGCGAGAGUCUUCGUCUAGCGGUUUUUUCGUCUUGCGAAGCAACCCUAUUAGCAGCUUAACGGAUUAGCGCUAUUAGCGGUUUAGCGGCUAUUAAAGGCUUAGCGGAUUAGCUGCUAAAAGGCUAUUAAAGGCUAUUAAAGGCUUAGCAGAUUAGAUAAAGGGGGCGAAAAGCGAAAAAAAAAUCUCAAGACUUGCAAGACAUUUUCGUCUUGCGAAGCAAGCCCAUAGGGAAAUUCGUCCUGCGAAGCAACUCAAAAACGGAAAACCCUUUCGUCUAGCGGGUUUUCCGUCUUGUGAGGCAUUCGUCUUGCGGGGCACCACUGUAUUAAAUUUCGAGUCCAAUAAAAAGGAGGGAGGGGGAGAGACUAUAUGUUUGUUUAUUUAUCCACCACAAGUUACAUAAACUCCAGCCCUGAGCUCUGAUGUGGUGAGGAGAGUCCACAAUAUCUUUGUGUUCACUUUGAUGAAGGGAACAGCUCGAUGCAAGCAUUUCUUUUACACACACCACUCUCUGGUGAUGUUAAUGGAUAAAUUUCUGUGAGCGUGCCCAGAAGCAUCAGUUAAUUUCUGUAGCUGAACGGGUGGGCUGGCCGGCCUGUUGACCAGUAGCCUGGCUGCUUCCUGUUUCUGGUUACCUCCUUGCAAUGGUAAGUUUUUUCUUUGCUUUUGAAGUGGGGUGGGCGAAACCAUGUGGGGAUUCUUGCAAAAUUCAGAUUGGGUUUGAGGUGAGCCAGGUGGUGUUUGGCCAUCCCUUUCUAGGAUUAAAUUUUGGAUGGAAGAUGGUUGCCGGUUACUGACCUGGAACACCGCUGCAGUUUCAGAACUGAUGGAUUGGUGACAUAGCAACCAGGAAAUCCCAGGCUCGGAGAAUGAUGGGUAGCUUAUACCUGUCCAGCCAUCCUCCCUGUUAGCUGAGCUGUCUUGUCUUCCACCCCAAUAUCUCACCCCUACCUAGCACUAAGCAAACUGAACAACUAUGAAAACAUUUGAAACAGACUGAAUAUCCCCCAAAGUGCUCUAUAAAUGCCAAAUACUAUAUCAUCAUCUUACUAUGACAAUGACUACUACUGUGUGAUGGAUUGCAGCCUUCGUUUUUGAAUAGUACAGUAUGCUUGAAGAAGUAUGAAGGCUUCUGUUUUGAACGUUUGCUUUCUUACUAUUUAAGAUGCUCCAUUGUCAUUCUGUAGUGACUGGGAAACAGUUUUUUGGUUAACACUAUUAGCAGGUCAGAAAAACUUAGGGCUGUUUUUUAAGGCAAUUGGAAGCAUUUCAUCUGAAUUCCUUAUAGUAAACUAGUCCCUUUUGCUGCUUCCCUGCAUCUCUCCAGCUGAAAAUUGGCAGGAGUUUUUCUUUAUCACUCGCCUUCUGACUGCCUGGAGCAGUCUUCAAACUUUUUUUGAAAAGGUUUCUUUGAAUGGUUUUGCAUUAGAGUGGUACUUUUUCUUGGCUAUGGAUUUGAAACUACGCACAGGAAAGAGAUACAUUUUGUAAUCACUCCUAAAGCUUGACAUAUGAGUAGCAGUAAUUUUUAUGGAAGAAUGCUGCAAUCCAGCAACAAAGAUAUGUGAUGGAGGCUUCAUGUGGACAUAUUAUUGUUAAUGUUAAUCUGAAUGCACAUCUGUAUCCCAAUCCAUAGGAUGGACUGGGAUGCAUGUCUGAGUUCAGAUAGGGAUGCUCAUCUACAUCCUAUCCAUCCCAGUCAUAAUCCAUGACUAGAGCUGGAUUAGGGCAGAAUGUCAUACACGUCAUAUUAAAAUCCAGUUAUUUGUCCACGUAGCUUUGAAGUAUCCUUCAGAAUGACACUUGUAGUAAUGUGGUUGCAGUUUACAUAGAAUGUCACUAGAAUGAAGAGAGCUAUAGGUAAGGAAUUGACUCCAGCUGCUUCUGUGGAUAGAUGCUGGGUCCCCCUAAAGUUGAAAGUGCAAGGUGGAUUGAAGAAGACAGCUUUAGCAUUAACAUGAUGUUAGCAAUCUAAACCUAACUUUACUGGCGAUUCUUGUAAGAAAUGAUAACAGUGGUACCUCGGUUUCCGAACGUCUCUGUUGUCGAACAUUUCAGUUUUCGAACGCCGUAAACCCCGAAGUAAAUGCCUCUGUUUUCGAACAUGCCUCGGAAGUUGAAUGUGCCACGCAGCUUCCGCUGAAUGCAAGAUCCCGAGGCCUAGCUGUUGGCUAUUGAGGUUUCGGUUUUCAAACGUUUUGGAACUCGAACAGGCUUCCAGAAUGGAUUACGUUUGAAAACUGAGGUACCACUGUAUUUGUCUGUUUCAGUGGUCCAUAUUCACUCUGAGAACACACAGUUUUACUCUGCUCCAAUGUCAGCUGAACACUUGAACAAUAGAGAUUGUUUUGUCCCUCUGUAACCAUGUUUGGUGUUUGUGUGUGUUUUUUUAAAGGUUGUGGGACUGGAAAAUACCUUGGUGUCAAUAGCCAGGUGUAUAAUCUUGGAUGUGAUUACUGCGGUUCUUUGGUAGAGAUUGCAAGAAAUAACGGUUGCGAAGUGAUGAUCUGUGAUAACCUUAAUCUUCCUUUCCGGGGCCAGUGCUUCAACGCGAUCAUUUCUGUGGGAGGUAAGAGAGUCUGGAUGUUUGGGGGGGGGGGAAGUAAAAUAUGUUCACUAGACAAUGUGUGCUUCUGCACUGCUGUUUGCUCACUUUGUCCAGAAUAUGAAGAAUAGGAUAGAGCAGGGAUGGGGAACCUCAAGUCCAGAGGUUGAAUAUGGCCCCUAGGCUUUUUUAUCUGGCCCUUGGACCUCUCCCCAGGCCACACCCCCUGUCUCCAGGCCACAGCCCUUACCAGUCCUUUUUCACCCCCCAAGUGUUUUUCCCUGGCUGGAAUGUGUCCCAGAACUCUGAUAAUGGCUCUUCCUUCUGUGGAUGGAGGAUACAGAAGGGUGCAUGAGUUUGCAUAGAAACUUAGUUACACUACUCCUCAGGUCUUCCAGUGUUAAAACCACAUCGUCUGCAAACACUUUUAUUUUAUAUGUUUGAUGUUCCACCCUUACCCCUUUUACAUCUAUGUUUUCUCUUACUCUCCUAGCAACUACUUCUAAAAUCAGUACAAACAAUAGAGGGGAUCUAAUCCUUUUAACUGGAAGUGCCAUGGAUUGAAUCUGAAAAUUUCUGCAACAGUAAAUUAUUUUUUCUGACAUCUGUGCAAUUCCCCCCUCGUACCUGAACAGCACAGAAUAAUUCAUUUUGUUUUGGGGAGCAAUGAAGAGAGAGGCUUUGACUUGAUACACUAGCAGGGGAAAGAGAUCAUGUUCCUGGGUGUGUUGCAGAUAAACAUGGCUAGUUGGUGUGUCAUUAACAUAGGCUGAGGAUCAAGCCUUGUGACACAGCAGCCAAGAACCUGUGCCUAGACUAGAUGGUUGGAUGUUUUUCAGACCACUCCCCAUGCUCCUUUUAGCCUUGCAUGAGAUAGAGCCUACAGGGCAAGAGUAUGAGAUGCUGAGCUUUUAACAUCAUAUCUAAAACGUUUGUUUAAAUUCAUCAUUAUAGAAAUUAUUCAUUAGGUGCAAAAAUAAUGUGAAAAUUGUAAUCUCACUUGUAAAGUUGCAUUGACACACAUGUAAAAGGCACAGUAUUUUAAUAUUUUUAGCACAGAAUCCCCACAUCCAUGAAUGUUAAAAUAUCGUUUUGCUUCUCUCCCCAGUGAUUCACCAUUUCUCCACACAACAAAGACGAAUCAAAGCAAUAAAAGAAAUGGCCAGGGUGCUGGUACCUGGAGGCCAGAUGAUGAUUUACGUGUGGGCCAUGGAACAAAAGAAUCGGCAUUUUGAGAAGCAAGAUGUGUUUGUUCCAUGGAACAAAGCCCUCUGCUCCCGGUUGCUUUCUGAACGCAGCAAGGAUGCGUGUAAGAGGGAGCUUGCAGCUCAUGCCAUAACAUCUCAGACUGUGCCCCCGGACCAGCUAAUGGGUUCCAACCACAGCUACCCUGUUACCCUUGACCAGAAACAUCCCCAGAGGACUGGCAGCUGCUUAGCUGAAGCCUGUUGUGUGAAAAUCUCUGAAGAGGAAGAGAAACGAGUUUACAGUGCUCUUGGGAGAUCUUUUCGUUCCUGGUUUUCCUCCAGAUCACUGGAUGAGUCAGCCUUGGGGAAGCAGAAUGAGAAGAUGCAGCCUUUGAAGAGCACAGCUGGAUGGACAAACAACGCCGUCUAUGUUCAGCCAUCAAGGCACUGCAGUGUAGAUUUAGGCUGUCAAGGACCAUUGCUGAAAGAGCAGCAACUAAAUAGUUAUGAUGAAGUGUUUAUGAAGCAUAUGGCGUGCAAAAGAUUGGAAUGGCUGGCGGCCUCAAGAUCACUGAGAGAUUUCAAUGGUGAGCCACCUGCUUUAGUCGAAAGCAAAAAUGAGGAAAUGUCAUUCCUGGAUAGCUCUGUGGAAAACGUAAACAACGGCUACAUCCCGCCAAGCAAUAGUCAUUCUUUUGCGGGCAAACACUUUAAAAGGACUUCAUCGGCAAGCUCCAGUGAGUCUAUUGUAGAUGCGGCUGUGGCUGUGGGAGACCGAGUUGCUUGUGGUCAGGAUACAAAAGCCUUCAUGCGCUAUUACCAUGUUUUUCGGGAAGGGGAGCUGUGCUCUCUGCUUGAAGAUAAUGUGCCCGAGGUUCACGUAAUAAGUUCAAGCUAUGAUCAUGGUAACUGGUGCAUUAUUGUGAAGAAAGCAGGUGAACAACAGCAUGCGUAGUUCUGGAAAUCAAGGGCUUCAGAUAUUGCUUCCUGUGGAAUUUUAGAGACACUCCCCCCCCGCCAUCUGAUCUCCCAUUCUGUGUGUGUGGGAACAAAUGUGUGGAUAAGGAUGUCAUUGUGAAAAAGGGUACUUGACAUUUUGCAGAAAUGAAGGCCUUCUGCAAACACCCAUCAUAGUUUUAUAUUGCUUUUAGGAAAUCUGUUUUGCGUUUUUAAGAACAUUUUAUGUAAGAUGAGGAACAAGGCAUUUUUUUUUAGUUACCCCAAAAUAAAUGAAUGAAUGAAUGUUCACCCGAUGAAAAGAUCAACCCUCAGCCUAUUGGCACUGAAAUAUGUUGCAUGCAUUUUACUUGCUGGACUUUUGCUUAGAGGAGCACACACCUCGUAUCUGAAGGCCUUUGCUUUUUAUGUUGCUAUCCAAAUAGGCUGUACAUACAUAGGAUACUUUUUCACUGUGGCGAAAAGGACACUGUAAAACGAGGGUUUCAGGUGCUGUUUCCUGUGGGAUCUUAGAGACACGUGAGGUGAGAGCCAGGGAUGAACUGAAAAAUCAAGACAACAAGAGGGAUAAAAGAGAUGUAAAAAGAGUCCGAGAAAAUCAAACAUGACCCGUAGAAGGAGUGUCUUUCUGGGUGUCCUUCACUGUUUCCUGAAGGGAUGCAUAUAUAAACUGAGGCUAUAGGCUGUGCUCAUUAUAUUCACUCAAGUAAUGAUGAUGGAACCAGCCUAAGGAGCCUGUUUUGCUACUUGGACCCAAGCUGAUUUCCCCCUAAACAGACUAGCAGUUGGACUGCAUAGUCCUUAACACAUUGUCUUCCAUACUUUAAACGGACCCUUAAAACAUUUCUGCUUUCCUAAGGGAGACUGAUGAAUUGGUUUCUUAGUAGACUAGCAUUUGACUUUCUUUUCUCCAUGUAGUGCUCAACAAAACACUCCCUGAAUUUCAUGGAUGGGUGUAGGCAGUAGGCAAUGUUCAGCUACCUUUUACUCAGAGUAGAGCCAUUAAAAUAAAUGAAUAUGGCUAAGUUAGGUUCAUAAACUUCAGUGGGCUUACUAUGAAUAAAAUGUAGUUGAAUACCACCCAAUGUGUUUUUUCUCUGCAGUCUUUUUCCAUUAGUCCAGCUAGACUGAGUUUUCCCCUUUUUAAAACUCACAUGAACUCUUGCUUUGCUUGCUCAGUCAUCCUGUACAUUAUGAUAGUACUUCUUGGGCAAUGAAGUGAUGACUAGCAUAAAUGUGAAGAAGCACUUGAUUGCAUAAAUGUGAAGAAGUACUUGAUUGCCGGUGCUUUUAUAUCCCAGAGUGGGAUCCUUAAAAUCAGUUAGGUUAAAUAUUCCAGGACCUCCAUCUCUGCAAGGCUCCUCUAAUAACUUAGGUAGCUGAGAUUUAACUGCCUUUUCAAUGGCUGAAUGAUACUUGGCAAUUUGAUGGGAUAUUGCUUCAUAUCAUUCCUACUUUUUUUUUUAAAAUGGAGGUUUACUGCAAUAGAAAUGCCCUUCUGAUGAGUGCCUCCAUCUAAUCAAACUGAUGCCACAUCCUUUAUAUGUUACAUCUUCCCACAUCAUCAGCUGUCGAAAGCCCCUGUUGUGUUUUUGUGAGAUAGUCCUGCAGUUAACAGGCAGCAUCUUCCAUGGGUGAGUCUUACAGAAUAAUAGCCAUAUAGUCUCCUUUUCAAUUUACAGUGUGAUUCUAUGCAUGCCUACUCAGAAGUGAGGUCUAUUGAGUCUACUAGCAAAUGCCUGUAGGUCUGCUGCUGCUGAAGGCAUGUCCUGAAGGGAAUGGGUGGCGCUGUGGUCUAAACCACUGAGCCUCUUGGGCUUGCUGAUCAGAAGGUCGGUGGUUUGAAUCCCUGUGACUGGGUGAGCUCCCAUUGCUCUGUCCCAGCUCCUGCCAUCCUAGCAGUUUGAAAGCAUGCCAGUGCAAGUAGAUAAAUAGGUACCGCUCCGGUGGGAAGGUAAACAGCAUUUCUACGUGCUCUGGUUUCCAUCCCAGUGUCCCAGUGGUUUAGUCAUGCUGGCCACAUGACCCAGAAAGCUGUCUGUGGACAAAUGCUGGCUCCCUCAGCCUGAAGCGAGAUAAGCACUGCACCCCAUAGUCAAGUCUGACUGGACUUAACUGUCCAGGGGUCCUUUACCUUUACCCUUAGCAGUGCUGCAGAGAGUGCAAAUGAAGUCAGAGCACUAUUACAACUCCAUGGCCAGCCUUUUGCUGUCUUUUACUUCAUGUUCUUUCUGUGUGGGGAGCCCUGCUGGAGUAAUAGUGCUCUGACUUCAUUUUUCAAGAGUCACACAGUGGUUUGGGCAGGGGGGCAUGCAGGAGUUGUCACGAGAUAUGCAACCUACUUCUUUGCAUGCCAUCCCGAUGUCCAAAAGCAGGCAUGUCCAAAGUCCGUCUCUGGGGCAUAAUCCGGUCUGCCGGUCGAUUUAAUUUGGUCCCCGUGGCAGUAUAUGUCCUGAGGUAAAAUCCUUAAAAAAGCCCAGUAACUUCAAUUCUUAAAAAAGCUCAACAACUAUGGGUCAGGCCUCACACAGGUUCCUUUCAUCAGAUCUGUCCCUCUUUGAAAAAAGUUUGGGCACCCAUGUCCAAAAAGGAGCAGGGUCAUGUCGCUUCUUCCACUUAUGUCAGUUGGAGCUCACCUCUUGAUUCCUGUCAUUGGAUGUAAAUGCCCUUCGUUCAGUGUGCUUCCUUGCCUACAGCACCCUGCAUGAUAACAGGAGCCUGGCAAGCUGUCCCCAUUGCUAGCAUGGCAUACUGGUUAUUCUCAAUGUAUUGCUUCAGUGUGUGUAUUUAUCCGGCGCAGUCUGCCCUGUACCAGGGAUAGGGGAAUGAGUAACAAUACGCUAAUUACUCUAAUCUAUUUUCAGAAAAUGUGCAGAUUUGGUUUUGGUGGAUCUCUGGAAGACAAUUCCAAAGUUGCAUCUUAUGUGCCAGUAUCCUCUCUGCAUGCCCUUUGGCAUUUAUUUUGGCAUGGGUUGUAUUUAAGAGAGCAUGGUGGGUCAUGGAAGUGAUGUCUGAAUCUGCUGGACCUGGAAUAUUUGGGUUUUUUUUUAGAUUGGGAUCAUCUUUUUGAAUUGAGCUUAAAAGGCAAUAUAUUAAUCAAAAUCAGCCAUGGUCUGUCUUCGCUGUUCCCAAGCUACUUUUGUUUCCUCACCCAGAAGAGCCACUUGCAAUAAAAGCAUCCUUGGUUAGAGUGGAACAAACCUCACCUUCAGAAUAACCAAUGUCGAAUCUCAGAUUACAUUACUUUUAACAAAACUGUAGAUGUACAUAUUUACACGUGAGGAAAGCUAUUGGCUUUCUGCAACAUGCAAUUAAAUUGGUUCCCUCCGAGCUGCAGAGGGAGAUGAUCUUGAAAGCACAAAUAGGUUGUCAAAGCUGCAAUUAUUCUUUGUGCAAUAUGUUGACAUUUUGUUAUUUAUCAUGUGCUUGUUUGCAGUUCUUUUGCAGCUGUGAGAUAUAGGCGGUGCUAAUGAAGAAUUGGGCUUGGUUUUGUUCGCUCUACUUUGGCAACUGCAUUUGCACUACUGGGCACGAAACCCAGUUGGACAUUAAACUAGACCCUGCAGGGUCAAGCAAUGCACUGAUAGAAGCUAAUAUUCAUUAACCUGUAACGCAGCAGAAGUGUGGACGUUAAUUAAUAAUAUAAAACCUUGGAGCUAAAUGUCAAUGCAUUACAUUUUAUUCUUUGCCAUGUACUCAGCCUGGCAGCUAUUCAGUGUUGUAAUUCAUACCAAAUAGUGUACUGUAAUUGUCCGCACUGACAUUUAGAACACGUUACAUAAUUGAACUUUAAAUGUCCAGGUUUUCAACUAUUCCAUGGUACGUUAAUAAAGAUUAUGUUAUUGAUAAA